AUGUUCUCCGUUGUGAUCCCAGGCCGACCAUGCCUAACGGACAUAGUCGCAGUAGACAGCCAACCAAACGGCCAAGCCACCAAAUUCGCCUUCACAAUCCCAUUGAGUCCAACAUUCAGCGAAUUAGUCGUCUUCCUCUUGCCGGGAACAAUCCUCCCACCCAAUACAGGCGCGGCAAUCUACGCCCAACUCCCAGACCCGACAACAGGCCAACCAACCGAUUUCCGCUUCAUAGGCGCACUAGCAAAUGAAAAGCCGUCCGGAAUCUUCACUGUUAGACCACCCAACCCGGUAGGCACAGGGCGCACGGAAGCCGAAGAAGAAGACGACAUGCUCGAUGAAGGCGGGAGCAAUGGCGCCGGCGGCGUUUUAACACUCGGAAUCUCGAUCGAAGAGGUGCAAGCUAUUGCGCCGCAACUUGCUGCGCUUGAAACAGAGAUUGCGUCCGCAGCCUCUGGUUCUGGAUCAAGCUCCACGGCUAUGGUUAUGCAGGGCUCUGGAUCUGCACAGAGGCAGAUCUCGACUAAGGUGCUUGCGCAACGGAUUAUUGGGAGUGCAUUUAACUUCCUGGCUAGUUUCGCAGAGUCAGAUAAGGGGCAGGAUGUUGUGCCGCUAAAGAGUUUCCGCGAUUGGUGGGCUAAGUUUGAGCGGAGGAUUGAUGUUGAUCCCACAUUCUUGGAGCGUCAGGAUCCUAAUGCUAAUUCGUGA